AUGCUGACGGUUACGUUUAAUAUUAGCUUUAGCAAUACAAACAAGAAGGUAACAUCUGUUAAGUCGCAAUCGGUUAAUCAAUUGAUUCAAACAGCGUUGGAAAAAUUCAAAAUAGAUGGACAACAAGGCGAAUUGUUCCAUAAUGGAAAAAAGCUAGACAGCUCAUUGCCUAUAAGGUUAACGAACUUGGUUAACAACUCCAAGUUAGUGCUUGUUGUUAGCCACGAGUCGAAGGAAAAAUUGGUGAAUAUCAAGUUGGCGAUCAAUGCUAAAAAUGAAAUCAAAUCGUACAUUUUGAAAACGAGUAAUACGAGGUCGUUGAUGGAGAUACUCGAAGAGUUUGAGAGAAGAAAUGACUGCAAUAUAAGGGGCGGGGGAGAAUUCGAAUUGACUGUUUUGAACAGUAAGAUUGGCAGUGGUAGCAAGGAGAUCAAAUCCAGUUUGAAGUCGAUCAUAGGGAGCGAUGUUUCGAGCUUGGUGAUGAGAUUGGCAUAUUUGCAAACCAACAACAAUGCAGAAGAACAGCAGAAGAUCAAUGAAAUACAGAAACAAAGAAUGAAGGAGUACCAGAGACAGGAACGGGAGAGAAGAGAAGUAGAGCAAAGAAACCAGGAGCAGACUGCAAGACAUGAGGCUGCAAGACAGGAACUGCAACAGCAGGAGCAAGUACAAACCACAGCACAAACAGACGAGAUUGACACUUCUCAGGCCCUAGAAUCACUGCAUAGCUCUGCUAAAAGACAUUUGAGUCAUUCAGAGGCUGUACAAGUCAACACAAGUGAAACAGCUACAACAGACGACACAACCACACCUGAAGGGUCAGAUCAGUCGUCGCCAGUGCCAAUUGAGCAAAAAGACACGGUAUACAUCCCGUCAGCGUUCUCCACGUACGAAAACCCCGACGACGACUACGAAAUGACAGUCGAUCAGGCCCAGAAGUACCAUAAAAUGAUCAUCAACUCGUCCAAAAAGCCUGCAGCACCCAAACCCAAAUCAAAGCCGUCAAAAUACUCUAUCAGGAUCAAGUUCCCCGAUAGAAUCAUGCUACAGCUAGAAAUGAACGAUCCAACUGCAAAAUUGGGCCAUCUCCUCAAGAAAAUCGACGAAUACUUGGUGCCCGAAUUUCAGAACAACUACAACCUCAAAAUUGGAUACCCCCCCUUUUCCAAAAUUCCCAUGUCGCUCACUCACAACAACACCCCUCUCGCAGACUCCCCCUUCUUCCAGGACGAAAAAAUCGUUUUGAUCUGGGAAUCCCUUGUCCCCCAUGCAAAAGGUCCCUACAUAGUCGAAAGCGAUUUUGCACGCGAGAAUGUAAAGCAGAUCAACGAACUUCCAGAGAUAAAGUUAGAAACGAAUAGAAGUAACCUACCUGCAGAUUCCAAUCCUCGAUCCGCCGUCCCCUCGGCAUCCUCUUCUUCCUCAUCCUACCAUAAUUCCGAAAAAUCAAGCGCCAAUGCUUCCAAAAAAAUUCCAAAAUGGUUCAAACCUACCAAAUAG